GCUAAGGGGAGGGAGUGCGGGCGGGGAGGCCCCAGCAGUCUCUGCAGCUUCGGGACCAGCUUCUGACAUGACCUCGCUCGUGAAGAAAAUAAUCAGCACUGCUAAAGCCCCUGCCCUGGGUCCCUACAGCCAAGCCGUGCUGGUGGACCGGACAAUGUACAUUGCAGGGCAGAUCGGGCUGGAGCCUUCCACUGGGCAGCUUGUCUCUGGAGGGGCAAAGGAGGAAGCCAAGCAGGCUCUAAAAAACAUGGGAGAAAUCCUGAAAGCUGCAGGCUGUGACUAUGGCAAUGUUGUGAAGACCACAGUUUUGAUGGCAGACAUGAAGGACUACAAUGAUAUCAAUGAUGUUUACAAACAAUUUUUCAAGGCAAACUUCCCAGCCAGAGCAGCUUAUCAAGUUGCUGCUUUGCCCAAAGGGGCCAGAGUUGAGAUUGAAGCUAUUGCCAUUCAGGGACCUCUCCAAGAUGCUUCAGCAUGACUAUAAGUAGAGACUGGAUAUCUUACAAUGGCAGUUUUAGAUUGAGUUAAUACUUCUCCCUUAUAUCCAAUUCCUACAGCUGACUAACAGCAUUUACACACAGCUGAAAUCAGUAAAUUUACUGAGGAAAGGUGCUUCCUUCAGCACUCACAGUGAGUUCUGUACUGACAAACUCUGAAAAGUGCCUGAGUCCUGCUAAAAUCAGCUGAGCCAGAUUGCAGGACAGGAUCUGCCCAUUGUGGAGGUGACUGGAUAUUCAGUCAUUAAGGUACAUACCUGGGUGAAUGUAUUGGAGCUACACUAUGGGUGAUAUGGACAUGGAAAACUAUACUGAUUUGUAAUUGUAGGUCUUUAGCAAAAAUUUUAAAUUUAAAAAGUGACAGAAAUGAGGAAACAGAACACAUGAAUUGCUUAGCAUACACUUCAGAGGAAUUUUACUUUAUUUGCUUCUGAAUUUUCUUAACUUCUUUCUUUACAUAAUAGAUGACUGUUGGGACUCAGAUUUUUUUUCAUAUGUAAGCAACUGCUUAACAAAGACAAUAAUGAUUUCAGAAAGAAGAAAAUUAUGAUUUUCUGAAGUGGUACCUUUAUAAAUCAGAUAUUAAUAUCUACAUGUAACCUUUCUCAUGAUCUUUUUUAUAGCAAUUCAACUUUGACUGUUUUGAUUUUAAAAAACCAAUAAAAAUUAAAGAAUGUUUAAUGAGAAUAAAAUAAAAUUGCAACUG